GGAUGUUGCACCACGACGGUCAUUUCCUGCCCAGCGAGCGGCCACCGAGCCCACCCGAGCUCCGCGCCCAGAGGAGCGUGAGCUGCCGAGCCGAGAGGAUCCCCCCGCCCCCGAGCAGCCCCCGAGCAGACCUCCGCCACCAGGAUGGCCGAGGUGACCACCGUCCCCACGGAGACGCACACCGUCCCGAGCGAGUACGGGGACUACCACAACUUGUCCGAGCUGUUCUACCUCCUGAACCACACCUACACCUACUGCGAGUUCAGCCUGGACGAGAACGUCAAGCGGGUGUUUCUCUUCAUCCUCUACCUGGUCAUCUUCGUGGUGGGCUUGGUGGAGAACCUCCUGGUCAUCUGGGUCAACUGGCAGACGCGAGGACACAAGAGCUUGGUCAACCUGUACAUCAUCAACAUGGCCAUCGCUGACCUCGGGGUGCUGCUCUCGCUGCCCAUCUGGAUGCUGGAGGUGAUGCUGGAUUACACCUGGCUCUGGGGCAGCUUCCUCUGCCGCUUCACCCACUACUUCUACUUCGCCAACAUGUACGCCAGCAUCUUCUUCCUCACCUGCCUGAGCGUGGACCGCUACGUGACCUUGACCAGCUCCUCCCUCUUCUGGCGCCGGCACCAGCACCGCGCGCGCCGCGCCGUCUGCGCCUGCAGCUGGCUCCUGGCCGCCGCCAUCCCCGUCCUGGAGGUGGCUCACAUGCAGCUGGUCAAUACCGGGGAGCCCAUCUGCAUCUUCAUGGCCCCCUUCGAGACCUACGACGAGUGGGCGCUGGCGGUCAGCUUGGCCACCACCGCCGUCGGCUUCCUCAUCCCCUUCCCCAUCAUCGCGGCGUUCAACGUGCUGACGGCGCGGUUCAUCCGGCGCGCCAAGCCGGAGAGCCGCAAGCACUGCCUGCUCAUCUACGCCUACAUCGGGGUGUUCCUGGCCAGCUGGCUGCCCUUCCACGUCGUGCUGACGCUGCUCACCCUCGAGGGCAACCACAUCGUCCUGCACUGCACCUUCGCCCACUUCCUCUACUUCUUCUACGACAUCAUAGACUGCUUCACGCUGCUCCACUGCGUCGUCAACCCCAUCCUCUACAACUUCCUCAGCAAGAACUUCCGCAGCAAACUCAUCUCCGCCGUGGUCAAGUACAUCCCGAAGGACCACGGCGGCCAGAAGGGCGCCGGGAAUUCCUCCUCCAGCACGCAGCACUCCAUAGUCAUCGCAAAGGACAACAGCCCUCCAAUCUAACGGGGGGUCGGACUCUCCCAGCCUCUGCCGUGGUGGCUCCCUGGGGACGGUGGGAUGGGUUUUUCUUGUUGCUGAGGACGCAGUUUGCUUGGGCACAGCCGUUCUUGGCUGUGGAGGGAUGAGGUGUCAGGUUUGAGGAGCUACGGACAUCUUGCCUCUGGAGUGCUGCUGUGUCCAACCUAAAGAAGAAAAUGUUAUCUAUCCCCCGUCUGACGCGCGAAACCCUUGCGAUAAUAAAGCCUGUUACUCCACUCAGUGUCUGACGCAGCCCCGAGAUCAGAUCCCCAUCCUGCCCCAGGCUGUGGGGUUGGAGUGUGGGAUCUGCCCCAUCACGGGAGUUCCUGCAUCCCCAAACUGCCCCUGACCCCCAGCCCUGGCCUGGUGGGUGCCAUCCCGAGUGAGGGAGGAGGAACCAUCCCCUUGGGAGCACAAACCUCCCCUCACCGUGUCCAGAGCCUGAUUUUUGAGAGAUGAAGGCGAAGCAGCCCAAAGGGCUGAGCAGGGCACAGACCUGAGGGGAGGAACAAUUUGGAUUCGAGAUCAGCCGCUCCUCCAGAGCAGUUUUGCAAACCCAGUGGCAAAUCAGCGAUGGCCAAACUGGGUUUGACCGGGGAGGGCAGCUCCAGACUGAUUUGGGUCCCCCAUCCCGUUUACUCCAGCCUUGGCAGGUUUCUAUGGCCACUGGGUGCACUUCCCAACCCCAUAAGGCUCCAAGAGCCCUUCCCCUUCCACCAAAGUCCCUGCGGGGAGCACGGGCAGAAAACCUCGGGAGCUGGAGCUCGGGCUGGGUUUGUGCUGUGCAAGGAAACCGGAGAGAACCGGAAAGUUCAUCCUUGUCUGGAUCCUGAUCUCAGUCACGUGCUGCGGGUCGAGCCCUCGCUGGGGGAAGGUGACAGAGCGACAGGCGCCGCCAGAGCCCAUAAAUCUCCCAAAGGCCUUGAGCCGCUCGAGGAACACGUCGUGAAAAAAAGCCGAGCGUCAGCGGUUCUGGGGACAGGAUGCCGGCGCAGGGGGUGGGAGCAGGAUGUCCCGGGAGAAGCCCAUGACCAGGGGUUAAGAUGGACACGGGGUUAUCGUGGGGCUGGUUGGGAAAGCUCUGCCGCUUCCAGGGGUCCUCGACGGGGUAAAAACCCCUAAAUAUCAGAGUUCCUUCUGCAGGGACGUUCCUCUGUAUGCCGGGACACAGCACUGAGGGAACAAUCCAGAUCCACGCCUUGCACAGAAAAACUGGGAAGGCUCCAGCUCCCUGGACAGAAUUCCCCGUUCAGGGCAGCAGCUCAGGCUGUUCCCCUUCCUCUGCUCCUCACGCCUGUGAGUGCAGAACCCCAGGGGCUGUGAGACCCCCGGGCUGAGAUCUGCACCCACAGGACCCCCACCACCUUCAUUCCCUGAUCCCGAAUCCUCCCUGAGCUUCCUUUUGCA